AUGGACCCCCGUUACAGUGCCCAAAACAUCCUGCUCUGUGACCUGUGUCAAAAAGCAGCAUUACAGAGUCACUGUGAACUUUGUCAAGUAAAUCUAUGUGUAGUAUGUGUUGAAAAGCAUCUUUCUGAUUCAUCAAAAAGACACAGUGUUGUACCAUACAAGCAUAAAACGUAUCCCAAAUGCACAAACCAUUCACGGAAACAUUGUGAACAAUUUUGUGAGAAUUGUGACAUUCCAGUUUGUUCCCUUUGCAUUUCCCAGGGUCAACAUCAUGACCAUAAAGCUAUUGAUAUUCUACAGAAGCUCGAAUCAAAAGCAAAAGAUUUGAAAAAGGAUUUGAAUGAACUAUUACAAAGAAUUUUUCCUACUUAUAAAGAAAUUGCAUUACAUAUUAAGUCUGAGAAAGCAAGUUUGGAAAGACAUUACGAACAACUAACAGCAGCCGUCAGCAAUCAAGGAGAAGACUUACACAGAGAAAUAAAUCUCAUCGUCCAGAAGCAAAAGUAUGAAAUUGAUAAGAUAAAAACUAAACAACUGGCUUCUCUUGAUGAACAGGGAAAUGAAAUAAAGCAGAAAAUUUGUGAUUUAACAAAAUGCAUUCUUGAUCUAAAGAAAAUCCUAGUUGCAAGUGAUGUCUCUCUUACUUUUGAAUACAAGUCUACUAUUGCUGAAUUAAAAGGAUUUCCUCUUAAAGUCAAUGUUCCAAAACCACGUUUUUCUCCCCAAAAAAUCAACACAGAACAGCUUUCUGAAAUGUUUGGUUCUUUAUCACCAUUAUCCAUUACAACAGAAGAACAUGGCUACACAAUGAAGACACCAGAAGCUGUAUCCUGUCUUCCAGUCAAACCACUGCUUGAUGAACCAGAGCUCAUCACCAUCAUAGGCACUGGGCAUGAACUAAAAAGCGUUUCCUGUCUUAAUGAUGAAGAAAUCUGGACAAGGGGAGUUGACAGUAUCAUGAGACUUUACAACCUUUGUGGGGAACUUUUGCACUCUAUCCACUCUAAGUCAAAAGAUUGGCCUUGUAAUAUAGCAGUUACAAGAACUGGAGAUCUUAUAUAUUCCGAUCCUUAUAAAAGAACUGUUAACAUCGUGGAAAAUAAAAAGACACACGAAUUGAUCAUACUUAAAGAAUGGAUACCUUACUAUGUUUGUUGUUCCUCCUCUGGUGAUCUCCUGAUUACAAUGAACAGUGAUGUUUAUAAAAAAUCUAAGGUUGUCCGUUACUCAGGUACUAGAGAGAAACAAACCAUUCACUUCGAUAGUGAAGGCAAACCUCUGUUUUCAUCGGGUUACUACAAAUACAUAUGUGAGAACAGAAAUCUUGACAUAUGUGUGGCUGAUAGUGGGGAUAAUUCAAUAGUGGUGGUUACUCAGGCAUGUAAACUCCGAUUUAGAUACACUGGUCAUCCCUCUAAAUCCAAAAAAUCGUUUGAUCCAGUCCGCAUCACAACAGACAGCCAGAGUCAGAUCCUGACAGCAAACAAUAACAACCACUGUAUCCACAUCCUAGAUGGAAACGGGCAGUUCCUCCAAUUCAUCGAUAACUGUAAGCUUUAUCGACCAUGGGGUUUAUGUGUGGACAGCAGAGAUAACCUUUUCGUGGCUGAGUGUAACAGUGGAAAAGUGAAGAAAAUAAGAUACAUGUAG